ACCGAAGCUGUAUCCUCUUAGUCCGUUCACGAUCCGCACGGUUCGGCUCUGCCAAGCCGGAGCCUCCUCUGGCUGCUUCUUGAGCUCUUCAAGGUUACCCUCCCACAUCAUUUCCCGACCAAAACCACACCGACUACCUUCCCGCCUUUUGCUCUUCGCAAAACCUGCCCUGGAAUUGCACCGCCAAAACUCGUGAUCUAAUCCCUUCCCCGCCUCCCCGCCACCCAACAGAGCGCGGGGUAGUCUUGGACACACCGCAUCGCGCAGCUGCAGAACCGCGACUGCGGGGUUCCCUUGACCGCAGCGACAGCCGCCAACGUCAUCAUGCCCUGCUUCAAGGGCAUCGCCGUGAGCAUCCAUGCCAAUGGAGCCCCGGUGCCCGAGUACGGCGUGCAGAAGCAGUCGCGCCUGUCGCGCAUCAACACCUAUAUCCCCGUACCCCAGCCGCAGCUGACCGGCGACUCCAACAAGCCCGAGCCCGCCAAGUUCGCCAUCUCCAUCACCCUGCUCACCCCGGGUCUCGCGAUACCCUACUCGGCCCCCAAGCCGACACCGACAAACCCGUACCCGAGACCACAGAUCGUCGGGCCCCAGCCGUCGAGCACCGGUGAGCCCGGGAAAUACCAUGGCUUCGUCACUCCCUACAUCCCCAUGACCAACAGCGAAAACGAGACGAUCGCUGCCUAUAUUUACUUUGACGGGAGGGCAAAGGAAGAGGUGGCCACGCUGCUGCGUCCGGGGGAAGAGACAUGGGUCAAUAGCCGAUGGGUCCAGGUUCCUGAGUCGGAGGGUGGCGGCCUCGCCGAGCGCGAGUUCAUCUUCCGCGAGGUCGGCCUCGAGCGAUGGCUGAACGGCCUCGACCUCAAGGGCCACGACGCCGCCGAGAAGCUGGAGCGCCGGCGGCAAAAGUUCGAGAAGCGCAGGAGACGGCAAAAGGCCCGCGCCGAGCAGGAAGCCGGCACCUCCGCCGAGGGUUUUGCCAAGUCGCGGGGCACUCUGCGGUACGGAGCCGACGAGUGCUCGCCCGUCGAGGCCGUCUUUGACGAGGACUCCGUUUCGUCCUCGGACGACGACGAGCCGCCCGAGGCGACUGGCCAAAUCAAGGUGGCUAUGUUCCGCGUCAUCGCCUCCGGCGAGAUCAAGAAGGGCGAGUACUCGCCCCAGUUCGAUGCGCACGACGAUUCCGACGACGAGGGCAACGGCGGCGCCAACGGGAUCGAUGCCGACGUCGAGCACACCACGAGCUUUGCGAAGCCCAAGACGCUGGAUCCAAAGACGAUAAGCACGCAGACGGUGACGGGCAUCGACGGCCCGGAUAAGCCGUAUGCCGUCUUCACAUUCUUCUACCGCGGCGAGCGCCAACUCCAAAAGAUGGGCGUCAUGCCGCCGCCAAAGUCCCAAACUACUUCCCCCGCUCUGAAGCGCCGGUCAGGCCAGCUUGACUUCUCGAACCUCCGGCCCCUCAAGACCAGCGGUACCGUGGGCUUCUCUGCGUUCCGGGACAAGGAUAGCCAACCAACGAGAAAGAAGAAAUCGCGCGGGAGCAACGGAGCCAGCGCGAUGGACGCAGAUAGCGACGACGACGACGAGGAUGACGAGAGCGGCGCGAUCCUGAGCAAGAUGGAGGACCUGGACUCUAAGGAAGACAAGUCCAAGCUCGGGCCCGACGACGCAAAGUUCUCUGGCGAGCUCGCCGACGGAGUGAACCGCAUCCGGCUCAAGCGCGCGCACUCGGCCGAGCCGGACAGCGCCUCCAGCCCGAGGAAAUCCCCCAGCGCCGGCGCCGCGACCCCGCCCGAGAUCCCCGCCAGCAGCCUCGCGCCGCUCGGCAGCGCCGCCGGCAUCUUCGGCAAAGCCCUGGCGGAUGACAGCAACGUCGUCGGUAGCCCUAUGAAGAAGGCCCGCCCCAGCCUCGGCGGCGACGCCGCGGCAGCGGCGGGAGCCGCCGCCGCCCCCGGCGGGAGUUUUCCCCCCGCGCUCGGCGAUAUACUCGCUAAGGCUCAGGCUGCUCAGGAUGGCCAGGGUGAGAAGGGGCCUGCGGCCGGGGCGGAGGUGAAGAUGGAGGAGGAGGAGGAGUUGUGAGAAUUUCGGUGGUCGGGACGGCAAAGAGAGAGAGAGAGUGUG